AUUCAUUUCUCCAGAGGAAAAAGACAACAAGAACGUUUGCCAUCAGCCGUCAUCAAUCUUUCAUCAUUCAUUCCUCCACGACAACCAUCAUACACGACCAUCAUCUCUCUUUCCCUCCUCCUCUCUCUUUCUCCCUCUUUCUCUUAUUUCUCUUUCUCUCCCCUCUCUUGGGACUCGCUUCACUCCAAGUGCCUUGGCGGCUCAAUUCAUCACAUCUAAAACACUCCUUCUACUUGAUCUCGCCUCUCUCUCUCUCUCUCUCUCUCGCUCCCUCCCUCUCUUCCUCUAUUCUUGAUCAUUUCAUUCAUUCGUCCGCUCAUUCAUCAACUCAUUUAUCAACUCAUUAAUCUAUUCAUUUUUUCGUUUAUUUGUUCAUUUAUUCAUUUGUUCACUCACCCAUUCAUCAUGAAACGACCCAGUUGUAGCCGGUGCUAUUGUUUGCUACUGCUUAUGGCAUUGAUUCCUAUAGCUGCUACUGCCAAACUGCACAGAAUAUCUGUCCAACAGCGCCCCGGGUCAAGUCCGAGGCCUACACGAGAACUGCGCGCCCAUCACGAGUCCCGUGUAGCCUUUAUGUCCAAAUUACACACUCUCAACAUUCUUCGUAACAACACUAAUAGCCAGGACUCUCUCCUUAAUUCUACCACUGCCACUACAACAACAACUUUCACUGCAACAGCAACGACUAUCCCUUCUACUUCAGCACCCUCAGAGAAGCGACAUGAAUUUACAGUCACUAAUGUAACACAACUAGACUCUGAUGAGAACGAUACCAUUGAUAUCGACCCCAUCUCCAAUCUCGAUCGAAUUGAACAAGAACUGCAGGAACUUGAGCAGGAACAGAAGAAACAUGAUGAUAUUCACAAGCGAGCCUAUGUCGGCGUAGCGCCUGUACGAGGGAAUUCUCUUGACACACAAUGGGUUGCAGCCAUGAUGAUCGGAUCUCCUAAACAAGAGUUCUCUGUCGUUUUUGAUACAGGCAGCAGCGACCUUUGGGUCUCCUCCACAAGUUGCCAGUCCACUAUUUGUACAGCUCUUCGGCGAUUUAAUCCCACACGAUCAAGCACAUUUCGUCAGGAUGGGCGUACAUGGUCAAUUAACUAUGCUGAUAGCUCUUGGGUCACAGGCGUAUUGGGCGUAGACGACAUCACUGUGGCGGGCAUCACUGUCACCCAUCAGACAUUUGGCUUAGCCUCGGUCAAUACAGGGUCAACCGCUGCUACAGGCGUCGAUGGCAUUAUGGGCUUAGGUUUUGAUACAAACACUGAGAUUGGUGAUGUGAAAACACCGGUGACUAACAUGUUAGAGCAAAAUCAGAUUGAUCAGGCCAUCGUCUCAGUCUGGCUCAAUAAGGCUUCAGAUCAGGACGCGAGCUUAUCAGAUGGAGGCCAGUUCAUUUUUGGUGGCGUAGAUCACUCUCUUUUCACAGGGGCAAUUACCUAUGUUCCCGUGACAUCCUCCAAAGAAUGGCAGAUCUCUAUUGACCGUUUGUUUAUUGGGCGCAAGGAACUGACGCUCUCUAAUUCAGCUUCGUCAGCGAUUGUCGACACAGGAUCGUCCUAUAUUCUCUUCCCAGACUACCUGGCGACUGCAUUCCAUCGAGCCAUUCCCAACUCUCAAUACGAUCAUAAGCUGGGUUGGUUAAUCCCUUGUGCACUUGCAAACUCGAGAACUGUAGGAGACUUAACAUUUGUCAUUGGUGCACAAAAGUACAGUGUGCCUCUCUCGGACAUUGUCAUCGUUAAAUCCGAAUACAAUGGAUACUGCCUUAGUGCUAUUGAUUCAUGGCAAGAACUACCUGGACAUGGGUCUCAAUCUGGCAUCUUACUUGGGGAUUUAUUCAUCAAGAAUCAAUAUGUGGUGUACGAUUACGAAAAGAGGCAGAUUGGAUUUGCAACAAAAGUUCAUACGGCACCUGGAGGAAUUGGACUCAAUGCAAAAGGGACGGCUGGAAUGGGUUGGAAAGGCUUGAUCGAGAAUGGUCGUGCAAGAUCCUUGGCCCUUGUUAUCUUGACCACACUUGUAGCAUCAUCAUUUUAAAAAAAUCUGUGGCAUAAUCUAAUAUUUAGCGUAUACUAUUAUCAUAAGCAUAAAUAAUAAUAUUUUAAUACAAUAAUAUCGAAUUAAAUAAAUCUGCCCCAUGCGUAUUGUCAGCU